UUUGGUUUUAUAUCUAUAUAUACAUUAGCUGUGUUGAGCCUUGAAAGACGAUAUGCUGUGGUCCGACCUCCGCUUCAUCGAAAGUAUUUUUCGAUUCGAAAUAGUAAAUUUCUAGUAGUACUCGUUUGGAUCUUGGGAAUUGCUGUUAAUAUCGCCAAUGUUUUACAAGCUUAUUAUAAAGGCGAUAGCAAUCCACCUUGUGGUUGGAAGUAUCUCGUCGAUUCUGAAUUCAGCAUGAUCCUUUAUGGAAUAUUGUUAUGUUUACGCUUCAUAUUCCCCAUAUUAUGUGUCAUUAUUUGCUACUAUGAUAUACUACGCUAUAUCCAA